AUGUCUCGUGUUUACCAUUCAAACGAUUGUUAUAAAAUGUUGAAGAGAAUUGGCAAUAGUUUGGAAAAUGAUUGCACAGAAUGGGAGCGACAAAAGAGCCUGGCGCAGAUGACAGCACAACAGCAACAUAUCACAUCCAUGCCAAUAACAUACAUUGCUCGACCAAGCUAUCGUCCAAUAGAAGACGGAUUAUGGCAAUCUGGAUGGUCAAACCAUCAGAAUGGAGUUAUGGCAAGUAGCUCAGGUAUAGCAUGUCGUAAUGUAAAAUCACUGAGUACUACUAAUCAAGCUCGUAAUUUGGUGGAACUUCGAUCACAUCCUCCUUCACCACAAAUUUCAUCAAAUGUCGGUGAUAUUAUUAAUACGGAGCACGGUUUCACCAUUCAACUGAACAUAACACAUUUCCAGCCAAGAGAUAUUCAGAUAACAUUACAUCAGCAUACGCUUAGUGUAAUUGGAGAUCGCUUAGAAGACGAUGGUACGGGCGCACAAAGAUUACGUCGAAGUUUCACGCGGAAAUAUACAAUUCCUAAUGACGGUAGUCGAAAAGGCUGGAAGGAAACUGAUUUAACAGAACAUUUGGCACCUUCAUCGAUAUCCAACGAAUCAAUGAUAAAUGCUGUUUGA